CACAUCUGUCCCCACGCACGUCGCAGCUUCUGCUGGCCUGAAUGUGUUUUAAACGCUGUUCCGGUGAACGUUAGCUGGUCAGCAGUGUGUCGGAGCGCCGGUGAAGUAGUUGCCGCCACUUGGCCGCUGUUGAGUGCGGUGUAGCAGCAUUGCAAUGCCGGGACGGUUCGCUGCGAUGGAGAACAUGCACUAACCGGAUUUGAAACUGUUUUUCUUGGAUUACCCCCUGUUAAACCGACCCGGUUCGUUUGUCGCACAUAUUUAAUUGCUUCCUCUCGUAGUGUGGAGUAGUGAAUUCUUUGAAAAUGCCUGCAAAAACCAAGUACAACCUCGUUGAUGAUGGGCAUGAUUUGAGGAUCCCGUUGCACAACGAGGAAGCAUUCCAGCAUGGGAUCAACUUCGAGGCAAAGUACAUCGGCAGUCUGGAUGUGACACGGCCGAGCAGCCGAGUAGAGAUUGUGGCUGCUAUGAGAAGAAUACGGUAUGAGUUCAAGGUGAAAAACAUCAAGAAGAAAAAAGUCAACAUCGUGGUGUCUGUAGAUGGCGUGAAAGUCGCCUUAAGGAAAAAGAAAAAAAAGAAGGAAUGGACGUGGGAUGAAAGCAAGAUGAUGGUGAUGCAGGAUCCCAUUUACAGGAUAUUCUAUGUGUCUCAUGACUCCCAGGAUCUGAAGAUUUUCAGCUACAUCGCUAGAGACGGACAGAGUAAUGUCUUUCGCUGCAACGUCUUCAAGUCCAAGAAGAAGAGUCAGGCCAUGCGUAUUGUUCGGACGGUCGGCCAGGCGUUUGAGGUUUGUCACAAACUGAGUCUGCAGCACACGCAGCAGAACGCGGACGGACAGGAGGACAGCACCAGCGAAAAGAACGGCUCCUCCAUCACAGGCGUGCGUGCUUAUCCACCUGUAUGUGUGUGUACUUUCCUCGGCUCAGCCCGGGAGCUAACAGGUGCAGAGAAGUCGGCAACCAUCACCGAGGAGACUGAUAUCGAUGCGGAGGAGCCGAGCCAGGUGUCUGCAGCAGAGGAGUUAAACCUCAAUAGAGGGGUCACAGAUCUGGACGCCACAGCCAAGACACCUGAGCUGAACCAACUGGAGAGCAAGCCUUCAGAGGAGCCCUCCCUGCUGAUGUCCAGCCCCAGGAUGCUGCUCCCUGCAUCAGGCACGCUCCCACCAGGCGCCCCCCUGUCUGUCCACCACCAGAUCCAGCUGCUCCAACAGCAGCUCCAGCAGCAACAGCAGCAGACACAAGUGGCUGUGGCACAGGUCCACCUGCUGAAGGACCAGCUGAGCGCGGAGGCCACGGCUCGGCUGGAGGCCCAGGCUCGAGUCCACCAGCUGCUGCUGCAGAACAAAGACCUGCUGCAGCACAUCUCCCUGCUGGUUAAACAGAUCCAGGAACUGGAGACCAAGAUGUCUGGACCAAACUCCAUGGGAUCUCAGGACAGUCUGUUGGAGAUCACCUUUCGGUCUACAGUACCUCCAGUGAUCUGCGACCCCACAACGCCCAAACCUGAUUUGUCCACCCUCAACCUGCCCGCGCUGAGCUCCACCGACGGUACCAGCAACGCCUUCUCAUCAUCCAAUGGGACUCUGGGAAGCCCACUAGUUGAUCAAAGUAUGUUUGAGAACUCGGUUGCCCAGCAGCAGAGUCCUCAGACCUCCAGGCUGGGCCAGCCCUCUACCCGACGCUCCCCAGCAUCACCUAAUCAUAACCUGGGGUCCAGCUCCAUCGACUCUCCAUCCUCCGGAGGCCAACAGAGGCUUAAAAAUGCCAUUAAUCUGGGCAAAGCUGUCGGCGCAAAGGUCAAUGACUUGUUAAGAAGAAAGGAGCCCAGCCACCUCGGGGACAUCGGGGUCACCGAGGUCAACAAGAACGUUGAUGCGGUUUGGAGCUGUAUGGAGCAACUCAACCAGAGCACUGCAAACAGUCACAUCUCCUCUUUCGACUCCUUCCCUCGGCUUGACCCACCACCUCCAUCGGGGAAGAAGCGCCUCCCUCGAGCCCUGAAGACCACCCAGGACAUGAUGAUCUCCUCUGACCCCGUUGUCUCCUCUCCGGACCCCACUGACUCUUCCUCCUUCCUCUCUUCUCCUGACAAGACGCCCCUCAUCGCCAAGGAGGAGCUUCAGAACAGCGAGGAGCAGCAGCAGGGUAUGGAGGAAGAGGGGUCAGAGGAGAUCACAUUGCCGCCGCCGAGCCCAGCUGAGAAGAAAGUUGUUUCUGAUUGGGAGACGACGGGAAGCAACGGCAAAGUGGAUGGAGUCACAGGUGGAGAAGAUGAUGAUGUGGAAAAUGGGAGCACUGAAGGAGACGAGGAGGAGCGUCACCAACAGCUGCAGCUCUCUGUGCCAGACCUCAUCAACAAGGAUCCCCCGCUGCUGGAGCCCAGAGGUAAGUCCUGUGACGUCUGGCAGAAGGCGUCAGGGCCAGACUCCCGGCUGGCCUCCACCCCGUGCUCAGGGAAAACUUCCUGCCGCAUAAGCCUGGGCGAGGAGGCUCUGCUGGGGAACGGCGCCCCCUGCAGUAAAGGCACCGGAGUGAGCGCUGAAGACUCAGAGCCACACCCAGACCUGCUGUCGUUUGAGUAACGAUCAGAGCCGGAGUCAGAUACCAGCUCAGUCUGUCUUCAAAAGUUUGGAACCUUUGCUGUUAAUUUCAAGUCAAGAGGUAAUUCAAAAAGACGAAUGAUAAAUACUGCGGAUUACAUAUUCACUGCCGCUUUGAAAUCUAUAACUCUCCCUGCUCCGGGGUUUGCUUUAGGAAAAGGGAACAAGGGCUUCCAGGAAUCAGGGUCAGGGCCGGAUCUGAUAUUUUUUUAACUUUUUACUGUCUUUGUUUUAGUAUGGAUGAGUUUAAAGGUCAUGAUGAUACAAUCUGGCCCUCUAACAUGGCAAACAGACCCCACGUUUCCUAAUACUGACCAGCACCAGAUGAUGAAUAAGAAGCAAGGCAGAAAUUGUGUCAGAAGUGAGGGUUCCUUACGGUGCAGAGAGAAAUCAAAUUUUAACAUUUCAAUAUAAAACUGCUAUUACAGAAUAUGAGUUUAUCACGAUGUAUUUAUCAUGUUUCAGCUCUUCUUUAUAUCUUUUAACAUGUCAUGUCUGCUUUAGUGAUGCAAUAAUACCACAUAAUAUAAUAAUGAAUGUAACUGAUGUAAUCAAAUGUCCCUUUAAAUGGGCUGAAAAUGUCAAAAUCCUGUUAAAGAUUAACUGGCUGAUGUAAUUUGUUCCUGAAAAAGUGAAACAUAAUUGAUUACAUCUUUUAGAAAAGUGUGGGUUGUUCUUAUCAGCAUUAAGGCAUUGUGUUAUUGAGCAGUUUAUUUCAAGAACCCUUUUUCACAUUUUUAAAAACAUUUAAAGGGACAUUUGUUACAUGGUGGUCGAACUGUAAGUCCAUAUUAUACAGAAGCUGCUACGAUUAAACCAAUUACAAAAAGAAAAGUUAUAUAGCUAUGUAAAUUACGCUCAGUACAAUUAGAAAAAUUUAGUUUUUGGAGAAUUUCCAUCAGUGUAACUGUAUUUUCAAGAUGAAGUUUUCUUAAAAACUGAAGGCAGAACUGAGAGGGAGAGGAAGAGCGAAUGUGGACGUGUUUGAGGUGGAUAGGUUUGGAGGGGAGUUCACUUUCAGUUCAGUCAGUACAAAAAGAUUUUUAUGACUGGAAGGCUUUUGACCCGUAGCUUCAUUCAUAUUAAAUCAUAUCUGACCCCUUUUAGGUCCAGAAGGAGUUUUGCAACUUGUUGACUCCAACAGUGGCCUUUGGCAAAGACUGAGAGUGACCUUUUUAAAGCUCUCAGCUAGUAGGGAUAUUGAUCAGCAUUCUGAUCAAUAGCUAGCAUUUCUUUUUACUUUAGGUUUUAAAGAAAAAAGAAAAAAAUGUGGGAUUCCAUGCUCAUUUAUUUUGAUUAUUUUAA